AUGAUUUAAAAGAAACAGAAAGCACUUCAAACAAUUGUGAAUUACAGAAAUGGUUCAUAAAUAAGAUUCUAAUAAAGUCCUUCAAUGAAGAAACUUGAAAAAUCAUCUAAUCAUAGCAAUUUUUCUUUAAGAAUAAAAACAUGUUAAAAUUAUGUUUAAUAAGACAGAAUAAAGUAUUUCCCCAAAAGCUAUAUAAAAAACUUCUGAGACACAGAUGGGUGAUUUACAAAAUAAAACUAGUAUUCAAAUAAUCUUUUCUCAUGAAGAAAAGCUUCAUAAUUUCUUAUUUCCUUAUGAGUAUUAUAAAAUUUAAUAUAACAAUAGAGCCACUACAGAUCAAUUAUUGCAAUAAGCUCGUAAAAUAGUUCCAACAAUAAGUGCAUUAAUAACUACUAAUUAAAAUUUAGCCGUCGAUUAUUAUCUUCAAUUACCUAAUUAAAAGUUAUGUGUAUUUUAAGGGCGUAUAAUAACUGUUUAAGGAGUUAUAGGAUUAUUAGGAUUGAAAUCUAAAACUGGAUUACGAGAUUUUAUAUUUAUAAAAUGUAUAGGAGUAGGUGGAUUUUCAAGAGUGUAUUUAGUAAAGAAGAAAUAAUCUGGUCGAUUUUCUGCAAUGAAAAUAAUAGACAAGAAAAUAAUAAUUGAGAAAAAAAUAGAAAGUACAUAAUACAUUAUAUAGAUAUAAUUGAGAAUGAACGCAACAUUCUAGCUGUCAUUUAACAUCCUUUUCUUAAUAAAUUAGAAUAUGCUUUAGAAUGUCCUAAUAAUUUGAUUUUUAUAACAGAAUUUUGUGCAGGAGGAGAUUUACUAUACUAUUUAUAAAAAUAUCAAGUAUUUACAGAAACCUAAGCAAGAUUUUAUAUUGUAGAAUUCAUAUUAGGUUUAAUAUAUUUACAUUAAUUGGAUAUAAUAUUUCGAGACAUAAAACCAGAAAAUAUUUUAAUUGAUAUUACAGGACAUAUACAAAUUGCUGAUUUUGGAUUAGCUAAACCAACUAGAAAUGAAUAGGCAUAUAGUUUUUGUGGAAGUCCAGAAUAUAUGGCACCUGAGAUGUUAACUAAUUAAGGUCAUAAUUAAUAAUUGGAUCAUUAUUGUUUGGGUGUUUUACUUUAUGAAUUAGUUGUAGGAUUUCCACCAUUUUAUUCAGAGGAUAUAAAUAAAAUAUAUGAAAAUAUAAUUUUAAAAGAAGUGGAGUUUCCAAAAAAUAAUUAAUUAAGCAAUGAAAUAAAAGAUUUAAUUAUUAGAUUGUUAAAUAAAGAUUAAAAGAAUCGAAUAGGUAAUCAAGGAGGUUUACUUGAAAUAUUAGAUCAUAUAUGGUUUGAAAAUAUUGAUUUAAUAAAAUAUCUUUAAAGAAAGGUCAAUCCUCCUUUUCAACCUGAUAUUUUUAGACCUCCAGCUUUAUAAAAAGAAUAUCAAGAUGGAGAUUUAGAUUUAAUAAGAAAAUUAUUAGAUAGAAAUAUUUAAGGGUUAAAUAUAUUUUAAAAUUUUUAUUAUGAUUAAUCAGUAGAAAUGAAUAUAAGAAUAGAAUAGUAGAAAUUCUUAAAGUUUUAUCAUUAAUAGAUAGAACAAUAAAAUAGCAAGAUGUAAAGAAGAUAAAAAAUAAAAUUAAUGAGGAAAACCAGAUUAGUAUGA